AUGCUCGACUCAUUGGCUACCGCAGCUUGGAAGCUCACAGAGGGUGGCAGCCCCCGUCUAAUUCUCGCUGUGUUAGCCGUCUCGUACCUCGCCUACAGUAUCGUGUACUCGAUAUACGAUGUAUACUUCGGGCCCCUAUCAAAGUUUCCAGGACCAAAGCUCAGCGCUUUCAGCAAGUUUCCUAGACUCUUGACGAUAGCUUCGGGAGACGAGGCCAGCGUGAUGCCGGCAAUGCAUGCGCAGUACGGGCCCAUUGUUCGAAUUGGCCCUCGAGAGCUUUCCUACGCAGGCGGAGCUAGAACUUGGCGAGAGGUUUACGGUUUCAAAAAGUCCGGAGAGCCUCACAAUGACAAGGACAUGAAUUUCUACAACCCACAACUCAACGGAGUUCACUCGAUCGUCACUGCUGACGACGCGAAUCACUCCCGACAGCGCAAGAUUCUGUCUCACUCAUUCGCAGACAAAACCCUGAAGGACCUUGAGCCAAUGCUCAAGGGGUGGGUUGAAAAGCUCAAGGGAAAGAUGUUGGAGAAAUCAGGAGAAGAGGUCGACAUGCUGAAGUUCUUCAACUGCACGACUUUCGACAUCAUGGCAGAUUUGACGUUUGGCGAAGACUUGCACAUGCUCGAAAGUGGAGAGUACAGUCCCURGGUCAAGACCAUCUUUGGGGGAAUCAAGAACGCCGUCCAGAUGCAUGCUCUAAAGCGGACGAGCGGCGUUGCUAAGUGGUUUAUCAACGCGUUCAUCAUGCAAAAUCCAAAAUUCAGGGUCGCAGCCGCAGAGCAUUGGAAUUAUUCCAAAGAGCGRGUGGACCGCAGGCUAGCAAAGACUCCUGAACGCAACGAUCUGUGGACCAGAAUCCUCGAAAAAAGCGAAGGCCCAGGAGGAUUCACUCUCGGCGAACAUCAUGCCAAUGCAGCGCUCUUCAUGGUUGCGGGCACCGAAACUACUGCCACCGCUCUCUCGGGGACCCUUUACUAUCUGCUUCGCAAUCCCGCCUGUUUGAAAAWGGUCACGACGGAAGUCCGCGAAACGCACGCAAACUUCGAAGCCAUCACACUUGAUUCAAUCCAGCAUCUCAAGUACCUACAAGCUGUGCUUCAAGAAGGCUUGAGGAUAUACCCUCCAGUCCCUUCCAAAUUGCCGAGGGUAACCCCUCCAGCAGGAGCCACAAUAGACGGCGAGUGGGUUCCCGGCAACACUAUGAUCGGAGUUCAUCAUUUGAGCACCUACAGAUCCGAAUCCAACUUCAAGGAUGCAUAUGAGUUCCAUCCCGAGCGUUGGCUAGGCGAUCCAAAGUACAGAGACGAUCGGCUCGAUGCUUUCGAGCCUUUCCACGUCGGCCCCCGAAACUGUAUAGGGAAGAACUUGGCGUGGCAUGAAAUGAGACUUAUUCUGGCCGCUGUUCUUCUGCAUUUCGACUUCCAGUUGUCGGAGGAGUCUGUUGGAUGGCACGACCAGAAGGUUUUUACGAUUUGGGAGAAGCGACCUCUCUGGGUUAAAGUGACUCCCCGUGUCUCUUGA